AUGAAUGAGAAAAAAAAAGAGAAAAAAUAUAUUGAGAAGAAUGAACAGAUUAAAAAUAAUAUCGAAAAAAGUAUUAAAGAAGAAGAAGAAGAAGAAAAAGAAAAAAUAAAGGAAAAUAAUAAAUAUGGAAAUUUUAUUGAUAAUAAUAAGAAUGAAGAAAAAAAUAAAGACAAGAAGAAAAAAAAAAGUGAUAAGGAUAAAAAAGAAAGUAAUAUAAGAAUAAUAAAAAGUAAAAAUCAAUGUUAUUCUUCAUUUACUAAUCAGAAUAUAAAGAUUUUAUAUAGAAACGAAUUUAUAAAUGAUAAUUCUUUUUUCGUUUUUCCAUAUAAUAGAAAUGUAGUAGAUUUAAAAAGGAAAGGUAAUUCCUCAAUAGAAAAAGAAAAGACAACUAGUUUCAAAAAUGAUGGAGCCAAAAAUGAUGAACAAAAAUAUUUAAGCACUUUCAAAAGUAUAAUUGAUGUAAAAAAAGAUCCUACUAUUUCAAUAAUAAAUUCAUCUAACGAGAUUAGAACAAAUGAUUACGUAGAUGAUUAUUUAAACUUUGAAUCAAAAGACGAAAUAAGGAAAAAUGAAGAGAAUGAUAUGCUAUUAUUCAAAUAUGGUGAAAAACAAAAUCCGAUUAUAUCAAUAAGAGAAUUUGAAAGCAUACCUUUAAAAGGAGAAGAAGAAAAUGAUAAUAAAGUUAAAGAAGAAAAAUGGGAAAGUAAUAAUAGUAAUGAGGAAAAAAAGAAAUUAAGUAAAAUAAAUAAAGAUGAAGAGGAAAAAAAAAAAAUUUAUAACGAAAUAAAAGAAGUUAAAGAAAAAAAUGAUGAUGUAGAAGAAUAUAGUAAAAAAAGAUAUGUUGAAGAAUAUCAGAAUAAUAGAAAAAAGGAAGAUGAAAAAUAUAUUAUGUAUAAAGUACCUAGAUAUCUAAAGAAAAAAAACAUUAGGUGUCCAUUUGUGUAUAAAAAUGUAUUCAUUGGUAAGUAUGGAAUAAUAAAUUAUGAUUUAAAGGGGAAUGAUAGUGGAAUAUUAGUAAUUACUUUUCAUGGAUUGAAUGGAACUAAUUUAACAUUUUUAGAGAUACAAAAUAUAUUAAUUAGAUAUAAAUUUCAAGUUUUAAAUUUUGAUUUAUAUGGGCAUGGUUUAUCAGCUUGCCCAAAAUAUAAUCAUAAAAAAAGAACGUAUGGCAUUGAUUUCUUUUUAUCACAAACAGAAGAAUUGUUAAAUCACUUAAAAUUACAAGAUAAAGAAUUUUACUUGAUUGGUUUUUCAAUGGGAUGUAUAAUAGCUAUAAGUUUUGCCAGAAAAUACAUUAAUCAAGUUAAAAAAAUUAUUUUAAUAUCUCCAGUUGGUGUUUUAGAAAAAAAACCUUUUUUACUAAAAUUAUUAAAAAUUUUUCCCUGCAUAAUUAAUAUUUCUUCUUUUUUUAUGCUACCUUGUUUUAUAUCAAAAAAGAAAUUAAAAAAUAACGAUUCUCAAAAUGAUACAUCAGAUUAUUUAUAUAACAGAAUUAUGUGGCAAACAUUUGUAAAAAAAAACAUUACUCAUUCCAUUUUAGGUUGUGUAAAUAAUUUAAAAAUGUGGAGUGCUCAUGAAAUUUUUAAAGAAGUUGGUAUAAAUCAUAUACCUGUUUUAAUUUUAUGUGGAGAGAACGAUAAUAUUUGUAAUGUUAAUGUUUUUAAAAAUGUAUCUAAUUAUUUUUCUAAUUCUCAUUUGAUUAUUUUUAAAAACGCCUCUCAUUUAGUUUUAGUGGAAAAGAGUCAAAAAGUCAUUGCUUGCGUUUUAACAUUUUUUCACUUUCCCAAUGAUGCUGAUUUAAAAUUAUUUCAUUAUAUACUCCCAGUUGAUAAAAUGGGAAACUAUGUUGUUAAAGACAAGAGGUUUUCUGAAAAAUACUCUUCUUCUAAAUCAUAUUUAGAAGAUAUUGGUUAUAUACCUAACAUUUUUAUUUCCUUCAUUGAUAAAGAACAAGAAUAUAAAUUUAAAAAAAAAAAAAAUUUAUCUUUAUCUUUUGAUGUAGUCUAA